AUGCCUCCAUCAGACCCAAAAGGAAACAAAUCGGUCAAGGAGGAGGAUCUCGUCGCCAUUCCCCAACCUGCUACUCACUGGUUCACUCGAAAUAUGUCUGAAAUUAAUCCUGCUUUCCCCGCGAGUUCGGCUUGGCGACUUAAUGCCAUGUAUGGUGAUAUCGUAAAGCUCGAUCUGGUUGACCAUCUGGAGGUCAUCAUCUCAUCGUAUGAGCUGGCCAACGAGGUGUACGACGAGAGUCGAUUUGACAAGAACAUUGAGGGGCCAUUGAAGGAAUCUCGUAACCUCAUUGGAGACGGAUUGUUUUCAGCUCACACCAGCGAGCACAACUGGCAAAAGGCUCACCGUAUCUUGAUGCCUGCAUUCGGCCCUCUGUCUAUUCGAAAAAUGUUUCCCCAAAUGCAAGACAUGAUCUCUCAGAUGGUGUUGAGAUGGGACAGGCUCGGCCCGGAUAAUGAGAUUACAUUGGCAUUUGACACGAUUGCAAUGUGCGCAUUCUCGUAUCGCUUCAACAGCUUCUACAGAGAUCAUCCGCACCCGUUUGCUGAACAGAUGGCUCGAGCACUGAUCGAGACUGGCAAACGGGCCAACCGUCCGACACUCGAGACCACUCUGCGUGUGUGGUCUGCGGCCGAGUACAAGAAAACCAAGGAAGACAUGUGGAAGCUUGCUGAUGACCUCAUUGCCGAGCGUAAACGCAAUCCAAAGCCGGAGAUCCACGACGUGCUCAAUGCCAUGCUGAGUGUCUCCGACCCCGAGACUGGAGAGAAGAUGUCGGAUGAGAACAUUCGUUUCAACAUGCUGACAUUCCUGAUUGCUGGACACGAGACAACGAGCGGAACGCUUGCAUUCCUCUUUUACAACUUCCUGCAUAAACCAGAGACUAUGUACAAGGCCCAGGCGGAAGUUGACCGUGUGCUUGGCGACGAUGUCCUGCAGCCCAAUCACAUUCCUCAGCUCAAAUACUUGAAGGCCUGCAUUCUGGAAUCCUUGCGCUUCCUCGGUCCCAUCACCCAGACUCAACAUGUGGCCAAGGAAGAUACUGUCAUCGGUGGCAAGUACAAGAUCACAAAGGGCAUGAAUGUCCGUGUCAACUUGCCUGGAAUGCAUCAUGAUGAAAGGGUCUGGGGUCCUGACGCCGCGGAAUUCCGCCCCGAGCGCAUGAUGGACGGUGGCUUUGAGAAGAUGCCUAGGAACGCGUGGAAGGCGUUUGGCAACGGAGUGAGAUCUUGCAUUGGCCGUUUCCUUGCCGAGCAAGAGAUGGUCAUGACUCUGGCCAUGGUGUUCCAGAGAUUUGAGGUGUCUAUGGCUGAUCCGAGCUAUAAUCUCCAUCUCAAGAGCACCUUGACUGUGAAGCCGGCAGACUUCAAGAUCAAGGUUGCCAGACGACCUGGAAGAGGACCCAUGACCGGUAUUCCGGGCUCGAUUCCUUCCUCGAUGCUCCAGGGUGUUCACGACAAACAGCCAAAGAGCGGUGGAAAGAAGGCCCAAACUGCAGGAUCACACAACCCACUACUCAUUCUGUACGGGUCCAAUGCCGGGACCUGCAAGUACAUUGCCGAGGACUUGCAGACCAUGGCCAAGGAGCGCGGGCUGGGACCCGAGGUCAAGACCCUGGACGCCAGUACCGGCAACUUGCCCACUGAUAUGCCCGUCGUCAUGAUUGCUCCGUCGUACGAAGGCAAGCCUCCGGACAAUGCACGAAAGUUCCAGGCCUGGAUCGAGUCCCUCGACGCUGGCGCGCUCAAGAAUGUCAAGUUUGCCGUGUUUGGUGUCGGCAAUAGCGAGUGGUCAAACACGUUCCACAAGGUGCCAAAGUUUUACAAUGAGGCCAUUCCAAAGCUCGGCGGCUCGGCAGUCAUCGAGCCUGGCUUUGUCGACGUCAAGGAGGACAUUGUCGGCCCUUGGGAGGACUGGCGCGAUCAUUUGCUUGACUCUGUCGGUGACGAAAAACACCCCGGUCAGGCCCCCGAGUUGUCCAUCAAGUUCAAAAAGGCAGAGAUUGCAAGCAAGUUGGCUGGAGAGGAAGUUUCUGAAGCCGUUGUGAAGAAGAAUGUCGAAAUUGCCCCUGCUAGCGACAUGGGCUCCGCUAAGAAACAUCUUGAGGUUGAGUUGCCAGAGGGUGUCUCGUAUGAAGCUGGAGCAGAUUAUUUGGUAGUCAUGCCAACCAAUCCGCCAAACAUGGUCAGACGUGCUGCUCGUCGAUUCAAGCUCAACAUGGAUGACUCCAUCGAGAUUAGCGGUACCAGCAAGGAAUUCUUGACUGGUGGUGGUGCGGUUAAUGUGGUUGAUCUUCUAGCGGCACGUGUCGAGCUCGGAACGCCAGCUUCGAGACGUCAAGUCGAGGCCAUUGCACGAACAGCCAAGGGUGCCGAUCAAAAGGCGCUGAUGGACCUGGCUUCAAACCAAAACAAAUUCAAUGAAGAGGUGAUUGCGAAGCGGCGAUCUAUCCUCGACCUCCUCGAGGAUUAUCCUAGCUCCAAUCUCCCCUUUGAACAAUAUCUUGACAUGUUGAAGCCCUUGUCUCCUCGGCAAUACUCCAUCUCCUCCUCGCCUUUGGCAUCUGAGCUUCAGGGCCAGCACGGCGGUACUGAAGGACAAGCAAAGAAUAUCAUUGCGUCCGUCACAUAUGACGUCCACGAGGCCCCAGCCCGCAGCGGCCACGGACGCCAGUUCGAGGGCGUGGCGUCGACGUACCUCGCCAGGCACGAGCCGGGCUCCAAGAUCCGCUGCUACGUGCGCCACUCCAACACGGGCUUCCACCUGCCGACCAACGCCGAGGUUCCCAUCAUCAUGAUCUGCGCGGGCACGGGCCUCGCGCCCUUCCGCGGCUUCGUCCAGGAGCGCGCCUGCGUCCUCGAGGCGGGCCACGACAAGAAGAAGCUGGCGCCCGCGGUGCUCUACUACGGCUGCCGCGACGCCCAGAGGGAUUUCCUCUACCGCGACGAGCUGACCAAGUGGGAAAAGAUGGGCGCCGUCAGCCUGCGCCCGGCCUUUUCCCGCGUCGGCAACAAGGGCGAGGGCGCGUGCAAGUACGCCCCCGACCGCGUCUGGGAGGACAGGGAGUACCUGAGGACGCUGUUCCGAGACCAGGGGGCCAAGAUUUAUGUCUGCGGCUCGGCGAGCAAACUCGCCAAGAGCGCCUCGGACAUGUUUAUCAAGACCUAUAGGGAGGCACACCCGGACGUGACUGAGAAACAGGCGCGGGACUGGUUGGAGGAGAUUCGGGAGGUGAGAUACGUCAGCGACGUUUUUGACUAA